AUGCUGAAUAUUUCGGUAUCUACUAUUUCUUCUAAAUGCCGUUUCGUUAAGAAGUUGGAAAAUGCGAUUUUUAUUUGCAACUUGUGGUGCGUUUUUGAAUUCAAGUUUUACGCCAACACCGAGGAAAAAGAAUUAAGGCAGAACGAUACUGUGACGUAUUCCGACUUAGUUCAAUCAUUCAGUUUGAGUGAUGGUCACAGAAAUGUUUUAGGUUUGCGCACGGAUUUCCACGUAGUCAGAGAUGGUUCAAAGCUGCGGUACAUUGAUGAAGCUGUUCUCAAUGAGUAUCUACUGAAGCUCCCCAAAAAUAAACUCAGUGUAUUUGAUCCUGUCCACGCACAUGAAGAUGUUAAACCUGGUUUAUUUGAAGGUGGUUUCACUCUAUGGGAUGGCAGCAAGGAUCUUGUCGAUUACAUAUCAAAACAUUUCUCGGAAAAGAUAUGCGGGAAAAACGUCUUGGAAUUAGGUUGUGGGUGUGGUCUACCAGGUAUAUUCGCUAUCAAGGCUGGCGCUUGCUUAGUUAGGUUUCAAGAUUAUAAUUCUGAAGUUUUGAAAUUCUGGACUAUCCCCAACGUCAUCAUUAAUUCAGAAUGUGAAGGCAACGCUGACAGCCACAAUGGACAGACACAGUUGGAGUUCUUCAGUGGGGAUUGGUUUCAGCUUUCCAAACUUUGGCAGUUAGGUGCUAACGUGAAGUUUGACUAUAUAUUUACCAGUGAAACAAUUUACCGCACAGACCUUUACGAAAGACUGCAUAACAUAAUCGAAACUAGUCUGUGUCAAUCUGGCAUCGUUUUGUUAGCUUGCAAAGCCGCUUAUGGACCUGGAGGUAACAUUUUUGACUGGCUAACUUAUGUCCAGAGUCUAGGUGUGUUUCAAACGACCAUCAUUAAAUUAACAACCUCUGGAGUAAUACGUUACAUCGUGAAAAUGAUCAGAGCCUAG